AUGGAAUUUUCAAUGAUUCAUGGAAUUAAUCUACAGGAUCGUUAUCAGUUUCCUGUUUUUGAUGGUAAAAUGAAAAUGCUUCAAGAUAAUGGACUUGCUUAUUGGGGUGGUGAGUAUUAUCAAUUAAAAAUUAUUCAAUUUGAUUUUCUCAAAGAUGGUAGAAUUGAUUUUCAAAGAUUUCAUGCAAAAAAUAAUCAACAUAAGUUGUAG